UUUCAACUCCUUUCUUACACGCUAAUUAAGUCGUACACCAGUUCCGCCAUUACUGAGUACUCAGAGAGAGGGUUCCGGAGUUGUAUGAUAUGAUUAGAUAAGGCGUGCAGUAAUUAAGCUUACGAGCUUAUAUCUUGCUUGCCCCUGAACCCUGAAACUUCAAGACUUCAGCGAGAAGAGAGAAUCGAUUAAUGGCGUUAGAGUGGUAUAAUGAUGAUCCUUCACCAUGGAUGAUAGAACAAGCUAGAGAGGAAUUAGAAAAUCUUGAAUCUGAGCAUCCGAAUCGGUUCAAACUCCUCAAACAUGAACUUGAAACAUUCAUCUCAGACGCAUCAUCAGCAAAAUUUCAUCAUUAUGUCAAUCCUACUGUACAGAACUUUGGUGCUCCUUCUGCAUCCAUCUCUACUCAAGCUUCAACUAGCAUAAGGAAGAGGAAAAGAUGUCCACAAAUCCAAAAUACCCAUCCAGGUGAUGUAGUUCAAUGGACCACUACUAGUGAUGCAGCUAUCACUACUGCUAAGCAAAAUCUUCAAAAGAUAGACGAUCAGAAGAAGACGAGUGUUGAUGCUGCAAUCCAAAGGGCGGAAGCUUGUUUGGAGAAACUUCGAAUUGUGAAGGCCAGUUUUAGUAUCUAACAGCUUGCAUUUUGAGCCAGCGAGCCUGGUGAGCUAGUGCCAGCGAUUUGCAUUUCAAACCAGUGGCAGUGGGUGCAUUCCCUAACAGGUCGUUUCACGUGUUUCAUUGUGGUUUUACUGAUACAUUUGUACAUUAAUUUAGAGGUUAAUCUUACUACUCAACAGACAUUAACGGAGGCUCAAUCAAACUCUACCGUUUCAUCUUUGGAAUCCUGCUUGAUCAUUGAAUCUGGAUAGAGGAGAGCCACAUUUUUUGUUCCUGAACUUGGCAAAGAAUCCUGCUCAACUCUGUAUGAGUGCUUUAUAUCUAAUUCAGCUUUAUCUACCGUGUCUUGUAUCAUUAGCUUACAAGAAUCGAUAUUAAAAAUGAUUGAAUAGAAACCGAUUCAAUAUU